AUGUCGAACACCGUCGUGAAUGGCCUUGUCGGAGCUGGCGGAGGUAUCAUUGCUCAAAUCAUCACGUAUCCUCUCCAAUCGGUACUUAUUCCUUCCCUUUUACUCUCUCUGUCUACUUCCUAUUCGUCUGAAGAAGAUGCUGAUAUGACUGACAAUGCUGAUCUAGAUACAACAUACCUUCAUACUAAUGGAAAUGCUGGUCAUGGGAGCUUACCAGAACAUAAUAAUGCAAAUGGAGAGCAUAGUGUAUCUGGAGACCUGCAUGGUGUUCAACCAGAUCCUGUAGCUGCUGAUAUUCUUAGGAAAGAACCAGAGCACGAGACUUUUGUAAGGCUGAGAAUCAGCCCAUUUGAGACACCAUCUUCUGAUGAAGCAGAGGUUUAUAGAGCAUUACAAGGUUGUCUUGAGAUGCGAAAGAGCUAUGUGUUCAGAGAAAGCAUUGCUCCAUGGGAGAAACAAGUUAUAUCUGAUCCUAGUUCUCCAAAGCGUAAUCCAAAUCCUUUUGAGUAUACCCCUGAGACAAAAUAUGAUCAUUAUUUUCAAAUGGAAGAUGGCGUGGUUCACAUUUAUGCAGAUAAAGAUUGUCGUUUCCUUGCUGAGAUGGUUGAAUACAGAAUAUCUAUAUAUGGAAGAAAGCAAAGUGAAUGGGAUAAUUUAGCUAGUUGGAUUGUAAACAAUGAAUUAUACAGUGAGAAUCUUGUCUGGUUGAUUCAGCUACCCCGGCUUUACAACAUAUACAAAGAAAUGGGAAUUGUGACAUCAUUUCAGACAAUUUUAGAUAAUGUUUUAAUCGAUCAAGAUUCACAUCCCCAGUUGCAUGUUUUCUUGAAACAGGUGGUGGGAUUGGAUUUGGUGGAUGAUGAGAGCAAGCCUGAAAGACGCCCUACAAUCUUGCAUUCUCAUACCCAAAAUAAGCUUCAUGAAUCAAAGGGCAUGACAACUAUUGUUUCAAAUUGCUCUUUUUUGGUGUGUGAACAGGUAUUUUUAGUAGGUGCAAUUGCGAAACUUAUUGCUUAG